UUUCCCCGCUGCAGGGACUGGAGCCUCGGUAGUAGGGCUACCAACAUCGAUCCUGAUGCGUAUCGUUAGAUUCUCUCGAGAGACCGCCUCGAUGCUCUUCGAGAAAAAUCGCGAUCUACCUGUCGAGAUUCUGCGCGACUGUAGUAACGGCGAGUCGUCGCUCAGUGUUCGCCCGAAUGCGCGAAGAGACACCGAUUGAUCGUAUUUGAUUUGUUUAAUCGCAAAACUAUACUAAUCUUUCGCACCGACGCGGAGUGUUUUUCUCUCUUUCUGAUACAAUACAGCUGUUUGUGCUGGAAAAUGGAGACGAGAUAUUUGAAAUUCGUCGUGUGCUCUCGUAUAACGUCGAGUGAAAUAAGGACGUGCGCGGUAUUUUCAUUUGGUUACGGAUAGAUGUUUGUGUAAAAGAUCGAGAAGAAUACCAAGAGAAGACUCGCACGAUAUAUCCCGAGUAACGAUGUCGCGAAUUUAUUCAAGUUUGGCGAAUUGGGAAAUAAGAAGUUACACACAACCUCUUAAUGUCGUCGAUGUCGAUGAAAAUGUUCCGUGUGAAAUUCUUGUUCCGCACGCGGGAAAAGUGGCAGUAAUAAAUUGUCAUUGCUCGUUUGAAUCGUUCAUAUUGGAAACGCGCGCAUUCCCUCCGACGAUUUAUCUCAUAAGGUGACAUCUACAUCGGUACGCUUUCAUCUCGUAAAAUAUUUUUGUUAUAAAGCACCGGUCGCGCGUUAAGGAUCAGUGGGAAACCAUUCGCUUGCAAGAUGGAUAACGUGGAAACGGGUUUAAGCGUGAAAUGAGUGAUGGCCCUGCGUCUGAGGAGUAGCAAGGAUGUCAAGAAGAGCUUCUAUUACGUCUGGUACCUCGGCGCGAGAGAGGCCAAAGGGGUGGACGCGAUGCCCAGUGCCAUAGCUUACCUGUUGGAGCGGGAACGACUUCAAGAACCUUUCAAGGUCACACUGCAGGUGAGCAACAAAGGUCUGAAGAUUAUACAGACGGUUCACCCGGGUGGCUCCACGAGGUCGGCGGUGAAACACUUAGUACCAGGUCACGCGGUGCUGGCAGCCGUGCAGCGGGAGGACAUCGUAGCCGCGACUCUUCUCCUGCCGAAUCCCGCCACGAACAAUCCCGUGCACGUGCACGCAUACAGAUGCGACUCGGUCGAGACCGCCAAAUUGCUGGGCGGCCAGUUGAAAGCGCUGGCGUCACACGCCGACAAUUUGGCCAGGGUCACGACGAGCGAAGGCAGGAUCCGCAACAAUCUAGGCAGCGACGGCCGAAGUACCCGAGAAUCCGAGUCCUCCGAAGGCAGCGGUGAGCUCAGACACGAUCCGGUCCCGACCACGACCAUUUACGAGUCUCUGGCCGCCGAGUUGCGGGCAAAAUUAGGCAGAGGUAAUUCCGCCGAUAACGACGUCGGGCCGAUAUUACUGCCGCCGCGUGACUACGAUACCGUGCACAGACACCGCGGCAACCUGGCCGGGAUCGAGUUCAGACGCUGCCUGAAUCAGACGAUCGUGGGUGGCGGUAGCACCGCCGUCGACAGGGAUGGCACGAGAAGCGCGGCCAGCAGCGGCAUAGGAUCCGACAGCGCGGCGACACCACCGCCCUACCAGACGCACCACCCUCUCGGCCCGAGGCCAUCCAGACCGUCCAGAGACUCAUCUUCCGAUGACGAUUGGGGCGUGCCGGACGAAGAGAACGAGUAUCCGGAAGUGGAGACGGCCGCGUCGAGUCUGACGUUGCCGCGGCUACCGCGAAGCCCGGAAAGACUGCCCAGUCAGGUGAACAGGGGAGUUUCACCGAGCUGCAACAGAAAUCGAAGAGCAGCGGAAUUCAGACAACGAACGCCGAGUCCUCAAUACCAAUCCAGGGCCAAUCCCAACGAGGUGACCAGUCCUAGGGAGAGGUUCCAAGAUGCGAAGGAAAUGUUCAGGGCUAUGGAGAGAGAAGCCAUCGCCAGACCCGUUCUCUCCAGGCAAAGAGACGUCGAGCAUCAUCCUGUUCACAGGGUUGAAUCGGCUAGACAAGUUCACGACGAACGAUCCGGCCGGCAAUAUCCGGCGAGUAUGAACUCCAUGUCCUCGCACGAGCACGUGAUCAGACGAAAUCAGACGGACGCGUUGGACCGCGAAAACGGCGUGUCACACAAGGGCAGACCGCGACCCAGGACUCAUCAUUACGCGGUCGAACGUCCGUCCGAAACGGAAACUUCGAAGCCACGGCCGAGAAGCUUCUACGAGGACUUGCCGCUUGGUAGGGAUUUCAGAGAGCAGAGGAAUCCCGUUGAUCAAAGAGAAAUGCGAGAUUUUCGCGAACAACGCACGCAGCAGCACUCGCGGGAGCUGCGUGACAAAUUACGAACGAGGAGCACAACCUACCAGGAACUGUCAGAGCAUGAAAGAUAUCCUGGACUUGAUCGUGAAAGUGCCAGACCAGCGUUGGAAAUGGCCCCGGCGCUCGGUAGAUAUCGUUACAGCUACGCCGAGCCGCCGAGAUUGGGCCUGGCAGCGCUCCAUCCCUACUGAUGGAUUAGCCCGUUAAUUAAUGAAUUAUUUAAUUAACCGACAUAUCGCAUCGUUAUCACGCAUUAUUCGUACCACGCCUUGAUCCAGUGUGUUUUGCGACCGACAGUGAGCCCUUAACUCCGUCGUCGUAACAUAAAGUGAGAAUGAAGGAGGGAAAUCGAGGAUCGCGUUAUGGAAACUUUCAUCUCUCAACCUUGGGGCGCCAAUGCGAAGCAGUUCUUCAAGUUUUGUAUGUCAUAAACUCGCCGUUGAGCGUUUAUAUUGUUUAUAACGUGUACAUGGUUAGUGUGCGAAAAUUUGAACAUUUUUACGAGAGCAUCAUUUAUUGGAAUACACGCGCACACACGUAAUAAUUAUUACGAAAUACGAAUUUUUUCACAGUCUCGAAUACGCUUCAUUACAAAUAUUGCGUUUUGUUCACUCCCCCCUCUGAACAGUCAAUGCCACAACAUUGGAGAUUGUGUAUGUAUGUAACGAGAGUAAAUUAGCUUGUAUAUGUAUCACACCUUCGAGAUGAAUACAAUUAUGUAUCGUUUUACGUAUCAUUGUUGUCAAGUACGAAUGCAGGAUGUCGACAAAAUGGUUCGAAAUCGAGAACAAUUUCUAACACGAUCCCGAGUACGUACUAUAUUAUUAUUCAUCGGACGCCACACUAACAAUAAUAAUAAUG